GACAUUAGUAGUCAUUGUACUAAAAACUGGAACGUAAACAAUCUAUUUACGCUGAAGGCGAAGCUGGGUCUUAUUCAAUGCAGUUUUCCUUGAAGCUCAAGUUCUGAAUUCAGAGAUAUUGAACCAAAACCAAAAGAAAGCGGACACGAAAAUGAAUCAUCUUUCCUCUGUGAAGCAUGUCAUCAUUGUAUUGUCUGGAAAGGGAGGUGUCGGAAAAAGUACAAUGGCAGUGCAAAUUACACUCGGACUUCACGCUGCUGGGAAAAAAGUUGGUCUUUUAGACGUUGAUCUGUGUGGGCCAAGUAUUCCAAAAAUGUUUAACCUUGAAGGUCGUGACAUCCAUCAGUGUUCUGAAGGAUGGUUGCCAGUCUAUGUGGACAAAGAGCAAAGACUUGGAGUGAUGUCUAUUGGGUUUCUGCUGCAAGAUUUAGAUGAUGCUGUGGUCUGGAGAGGUCCCAAGAAAAAUGCAAUGAUCAAACAGUUUUUGGGUGAUGUGUACUGGCAAGAUUUGGAUUACUUGAUUAUUGACACUCCACCUGGUACAUCUGAUGAGCAUAUUUCAGUGAUGGAAGCAUUGAGAGCAUAUAAUCCAGAUGGGGCUGUCCUAGUGACCACACCUCAGGCUGUGGCUGUAGGGGAUGUGCGCAGAGAGCUGACUUUCUGUCGUAAGACUGGCAUUCCUGUAGUUGGAAUCAUUGAAAAUAUGAGCGGUUAUGUGUGUCCCCAUUGUUCAGAAUGUACUAACAUAUUUUCAAAAGGAGGUGGCAAGGCAUUAGCUCAACAAAACAAUGUUCCGUUCCUUGGAAGCAUACCAAUAGACAGGCAUUUAACACUCAGUUUAGACAAGGGAGAAAACUUUUUGGAAUCUAAUCCAGGAUCACCUGCUCUUGCUGCUAUCAACAAUUUGGUGAAAAGGUUUAUAGCGCUGGACAAGGAUUUGCCCUAACACUCAGACUCGAAUGUAAUUGUUUCCAUCUCUUGUUUCAUCACUAGACUGUCAGCUCAUUGUUCAACAUCAUCCUGGUAUUUUGUACAAUUCUUUUUUGUUGGUCUUAUCCAUCUGAAGUUUCUGACAAAAAUUCAUUUUAGCAGUAUGUAAAGUAACGUUCUGUUGGAUUAAAGAUUUAAAUUAGCAUAGCACUCACAUUGUGAUGACUAGACCUUGUGGAUUCUCUCACAUGAGCAUAUUUUGAAUCCAUAGGAAUAGAGCAUAAAAGCACUAUUUUGAAAUUGGUACAUGUCUCAAUUAAAUGAUUUAUUUGAAAUGUAAUCAUAGAUUCAUCAACCCUAACUAACAAGGGAAAUCAGUUUAGAUAUUUUUUUAUUACCCUAGUUAUUAGUAUCAUUAUAAUAUGGUCACAGGUAACUGAAUGCAAGUAAGUUAGAGAGCCACUAUGUGAAAGUAUUAUUUUACACUGUGUUGCAGGAUUGAUACUUUACCAAUACAUUUGGUAAUUGUGUAAGGAGAGAUUUCAAUUCAAACUAUUCUUGUCUAGCAUUUGAGUUUUCAGCAGAGCUCUGUGUUGUUGUUAUAGAUUUGUAUUUUGUCCACAUUUUGUUUUAAGUAACUAAUUAAAGGGCUCAUACUUAAGUGUUUUUUGCUCUGAUUUAUUUUACUGCAUUGAGUCUUAUAUAAUACAGACAUUACUUCAAAAAAGAAGAUGAUUACGUCCUACGAGUCAUCUGUUUUAUCUCAAAUUUUGAUAUCUUACGAAAUUACUUUUUUCAAUAUUUCAUUUUACUCUUCUUUUAUGUACAUCCUUGAAUGUGUUUUGUUAAAAUUAUAUGUAAAAUGAAUCAUCGUAAACACUUUUAAGAACGUUUUGAAUUAGCCAGACAUCCUUGUAGCUACUGAAAGAUUGAAGCAGACAGAAAUUAUUUCUAAGUCCCCAACCCACAAUUUUUAAACAAAUAUUGUUUAUAUGUACACAAAAUAAAAAAUAUAACAUAAAUAUAUAUGUCACAUAUAGUCGUCUGUUGAAGUUUUCUAAUUUAAUCAACAUUGAGUUGUUUAAGGCAACCUGACCAGUCUUAAAAUAUAACAGGAAAUGUAUUAAUUUUGAUAUUAAUUUUAAACCGGAUUUUAGUUUGUAGUACCUACUAAACAAAUUUAGUUUUAACUGUUGGAAACAGUAACUAUCUUAUAGAUAUCUCUACUGUACAGUGCUUAUGCUGCAUGUACAAAAGGUGUUUCUUAUAUCUGUAUUUGAUGUGUAACUGAAAGUGUUACAAAUGAGAUGACAGCAUUGACUUAAGAUUAAUCUGCCUGCAGUUAUUAAAUGAUAAAUAGCUGGUUCUUGAUUGCCUAAGAAAGAUUUUUAGAAAUUAUUUAAUUUUAAAUAAUCUUUUUUUGCUUUGUUUUUUUAACACUAUAUGAAAGAUUAACAUUUAAUAAUUUAUAACUAAAUGUUCUCUUGAAAGGAGAACACAGUAGAAGAAGAUAACUUAAUGUUGAAAAUGAAAUUCAUGUCACAGUUCCAUUCCUUUAUUUUGAUGUAAACCUUGCUGAUGUCAUUAUAAUCUGAUACAAUCAUAUUGUAUGUUAUGUUAUAAAUAACAAAUAUUUCCAUACAUACCAUAAUGUUAUAAAUGAAAGUUCCAAUAAAUGAUUUGAAUUCAACCGAA